AUGGAUGGUGUGCAAUGGACAGAUGUUGAGCAGCUGGAUGCAAAUCUGCUGUGGGUGCACCUGCGAGUACCCCUUGGAGAGCCCCUGCUGCACCCAGAGGACUUGGAGGCGCUGACCUGGCAGGGCGCUGCCCGCUAUACCUGGGGGCCGGGCCACCUGGCGCAGCGCUCUGGGAAGGUCACUCUCUGUGAGGGUAAGCACCUCACGGGGCAGAAGCUGGAGGUCGGGGCCUGUGACACCUUCCAGGACCGAGGCUUUGUGAACCGGGUGAACUCCAUCCAAGUGGGGAGCAAAGCCUGGGUCAGCCUCACCCACCCCAACUGCCGGGGCCAGCAGUUCGUCCUGGACCGCGACCACCCCAAUUUCUUCUGGUGGAAUGGCCACGACGACCAUGGCUCCUGUCGGCCUGUGGGAAUGCAACUCGGGGAGCACUUCCGCCUAGAAAUCUUCGAGGGCUGCACCUUCUCGGGCCAGUGCCUGGAGCUCCAGGAGGACUGUCCUCCUGCGGAACGGAGGAGUCGGGGCUGAGCCCAGACCCGUGUCAGUGCCACCGCAGUGUCGGGGGAUGGAGUGUGGGUCCUGGACCCGGAGCCCAACUACCAAGGCACACACCUGGUGGAGCCGGGGCGGGGGAGGGGGGGGGCGCGGAUGCCACAGCUUCUCCGGCUGGGAGGCCCCUAG